AUGUCCGGCCGACCAUCUGCAGGAGGUUUACGCAAACGCCCAGGCACUGGGUCUGGCUCCAACAUCGCCGCCAAAGGCGGCGCGGCGAACAGUUCCAUCCUUAAGUUUUACACGGACGAUUCUCCCGGUUUGAAAAUCACCCCGGUGGUUGUUCUGGUCAUGUCCGUGUGCUUCAUAGGAUUCGUGACCAUCUUACACGCGAUGUCGAAGAUUUAUCAAUACAAGAUGAGUUAA